ACAAUGCUGUGUGAGUCAGAUGCACGUAUGGCACUUGCAGAACCAGUCCCCACGGUUUAUUUUAAUUCAGAUCCUCAAGGGAGUGAGGUGUCACUGGAUGAUGUACUGCUCAACUCUUCAGCUAGAACUGCUGAGGUCCGCAACACUGAGACAGUUGAAGAUACUAAGACAGAGGGAUGUCAGAUAGACACACAUGGCUUCAAAGCCUCCUCGCCUCCUGCCUGCAAUGUGUGGACAACGCGAUGAGAUGGAGAGGUCAGGCUAAGGAUGGAUGAGCAGGGCAUAGGCAGUGAGGUGCCAAAGACCGUUCAUGAGCUGUUCCAGGAAGCUGCUAGUAAAUAUGGUGAUUAUUAUGCCCUUGCAUCCAAGAAGGGUGGCCAGUGGAUAAAACUAACAUAUAAGAUGUACUAUGAUGAGUGCUGGAAAGCAGCAAAGAGCUUUCUGAAGCUGGGACUAGAGCGUUUCCAUGGAGUGUGCAUCUUGGGAUUUAAUUCUGCAGAGUGGUUUAUUGCUGACAUUGGAGCUAUCCUCGCGGGCGGAUUUGCUGUUGGUAUCUACACUACAAACUCUCCUGAGGCCUGUCGUUAUGUAGCAGAGAACUGCAGUGCUAACGUUCUGGUUGUGGAGAACCAUAAACAGCUGCAGAAAAUCUUAGAAAUUCAGCAUAAACUACCUCACCUGAAAGCAAUUGUCCAGUAUGGGGAAGAGCUAAAAGAGAAGAGACCAAAUCUGUACUCUUGGAGUGAGUUCAUGGACCUUGGCAAAGAUGUUCCAGAUACUCAGCUCCAUGCAGUCAUUGAGUCACAGAAGCCUAACCAGUGCUGUACACUAAUAUAUACCUCGGGGACAACCGGGCAGCCAAAGGGAGUAAUGCUCAGUCAUGACAACUUCACGUGGACGGCGGCGGCAGCAGGGCGCUUCAUUAUGCUGACAGAUGCUAAAGAAAAGCAGGAACUGGUGGUCAGCUAUCUGCCCCUCAGCCAUAUUGCUGCACAGAUGUCAGAUAUUUGGUCAGUGAUGACAUUCGGCGUGCAAGUUUUCUUUGCUCAUCCAGAUGCAUUAAAGGGCACCUUGGUAGACACCCUGCGGGAAGUGAGGCCAAUGGCUUUUUUGGGAGUUCCUCGUGUCUGGGAAAAAAUGGAGGAAAAAAUGAAAUCCAUAGGCGCAAAAUCGUCAGCGCUCCGGAGGAAAGUGGCAUCGUGGGCCAAGGGAGUUGGGUUACAGACAAACCUGAAGUGGAUGAAUGGGUAUUCUGAAGUCCCGGUGAACUUCCGCUUAGCCCGGCACUUGGUGUACAAGAAAGUACGAAAGGCCAUUGGGCUGGACCGCUGCACAAAGUGCUACAUGGGGGCUGCUCCCAUUACCAGAGAGACACUGGAGGUUUUUUUAAGUCUGAACAUUCCUGUGUUUGAGCUGUAUGGCAUGAGCAAGAGCUCAGGGCCUCACACAAUCUCUCUGCCUCACUCCUUCAGACUCACCAGCUGUGGAAAGGAAGUCACAGGCUGCCGGACACUGAUUCACAAGCCUGAUGGAAAUGGCAAUGGGGAGAUCUGUUUCUCGGGAAGGCACAUCUUCAUGGGCUAUUUGAACAUGGAGGAAAAAACCAAAGAGGCAAUUGAUGAAGAGCUGCAUUCGGGUGACCUUGGCAAGCACGAUAAAGAUGGGUUCCUCUACAUCACUGGCAGAAUUAAAGAGCUCAUCAUCACUGCAGGAGGCGAGAACAUUCCUCCCGUUCCAAUUGAGGAUGCUGUAAAAGAUGCUGUUCCCAUCAUCAGCAACGCAAUGUUGGUUGGAGACAAAGCAAAAUUCCUUGCUAUGCUUCUAACGCUGAAGUGCACAGUAGAUGUAGAAACUGGCGAGCCAGGAGAUGAUCUCACUCCAGAAGCUGUUGAAUACUGUCAGAAACUGGGCAGCAAGGCUACAAAAGUCUCUGAAAUCAUAGGCAGCAAAGACAAGGCUAUCUAUGCAGCUAUCCAGAAGGGAAUUUCAGCAGUCAAUGAGGGAGCCGUCUCAAAUGCUCAGAAAGUCCAGAAGUGGGUCCUUCUGGAGAAGGACUUUUGUGUCUUUGGUGGAGAGCUUGGCCCAAUGAUGAAGCUGAAGCGACCAGUGGUGGCACAGAAGUACCAGGACCAAAUCACUCAGUUUUACGCUGAUGCGGAGCCGCCCACUGCCCCCGAGACCGCCCUUCGGCCGUAGCACGGAGCCCUUGGGCCAUGGACUGAAGCAAGCCUUGAGGAGGAUUCCCCUGCUGCCAGCCUGGGCUCCCCGAAGGAUUCCCUGGACUCUCUUGAAAUAAAUGCAGCUGGGGCAUUAUGCCACCCCUCUGAAGCACUGCCUUGUACAGUUUUUGGCCCUCAUACUGCAGUGUAGUGAGCAUGUUCGUGCCUGGUGUUUUCCCACGUCUGUGUUAAUGCUGAGCUAGUCCUGACUGUCUGCUUUGUAUAUUUUUUUGUCUUUCCAUUUUUAUAAGGGCAAAACAAUGUUUACCUUCAACCCAUGUUAUAUUUCAACCAAAGUUUUCUUUUCCUGAGCUGAAUGUAAAACAAUUGGGAACUGCCAUUUUCCUGCUGAGGGAGAAAGGCAGAUUUCUCUUUAUAGCUGUGUACUUUGCUCCCCCGAUGCAUGUUUACCUGCAUGCUGAUGACAUCUGAAUUAUUUUAAAUCUCUCCACCCACAAACAUUCUCUGCCAGAGCUGAUGAAUGCUGUGUGGCUGCAGGCGCUGGCUCGGUGGGUAUGUGGAACCUCAUAUUUGCUGGGUUUGUCUGUGCAAUAUUUUGAGUCUGUUUUAUCAUCCUGAGUUAUUUUAAAGCCAUAAAUUGCUUGUUAAAAUAGUGUAUAUACAUGCUCGGUGUUCUGGGAGGUGUUUUAUGCACAGGACUAUUUAUAAAGCUGUGUACAAAGGUGUGUGACAGCUGGCUGUAGCCUUACAGCUAUAGCGGUGCUGCCUGGAGCUUCCUGUGAGGGCCAGAACGCCGACACCUGGGGGGAGGGGCCAGCCUUGGGAAUGCAGCUGAUCAAGGGCUGCUUCUUCUGAAGGUCUGUGCUCAGCCCUUCUAGCAACUGUAAAGGCCCUUCCCCUCAGAGCCAGUGACUGUAGAAUGUGGGUGACUGCCUUCCCCAGAGCUGCAGGAACAUGCUCUUGAAGGUCUCUUCUAAAUGGCUCUGCAAGGCUUAUUACGGUCUGCCCAAGGCCUGGAGGGACUGCUACUCCCAGCAGUGGAUGAAGGAUGGCUUGUGAAAUGGCUUAUUUCAAACUAGAGGUCAUUACCUGAAUACAAGCACAACAGCUCUGCCCUUUGGGCCUGGGCUGUGUCUCCCAUGGCCAAAGAAGGAGCCACAAGAGAGGUGGGUGCUCUGAGGGGAAGGAUCCUGGAGCAGGGCACUAUCUAUGCUGUUAAAUAACACAAGCAGCUGCUGCCUGUGGCUCCUGGCAUCUCUGUAAAUACCUGGUGUCAUAACCUCACUCUGGUGGGCAGUAGGGGUGCCUGUAACUGGGCACCUUAGGCUGGGUUUUAAGCCUAAAGCUUUAGUGAAAUAUGUACAGCACCUGGCUGGAGGGUGGUAAUGCACUAUUGUAACUGCUGCUGACCUUGUGCAAAUGUGUGUGUCCUCAGCUGUGUGAAUUUGAAAUGCCUCCAAUAUUCAGAGGAACACCUAAUAAACUCUGCAGCUUGUGUC